CUGGGUGGCAGUGCUGAGCAGUUGUGGAUUCUUUCUAGAUAUAUUUUUUUGCUUCCUGCUUGAACUUUGUGUUCUGCAAGUUUUGCCUUCAGGACAGGAGUAACAUGGCAGAGGCGAAGAUAGAGGAGGGCUCCAUCAGUGUUUCUGGACAGACAUUAUUUUUCCGUGAGGCGGUCCCAGCACAGAGCUCAUCCAGGCCGCCCGUCCUCCUGCUCCAUGGCAUCAGAUUCUCCUCCCAGACCUGGCUGGAACUGGGAACUCUGUACAAGUUGGCGGCUGCAGGACAUCGCGCUGUCGCAAUUGAUCUGCCUGGACUAGGACGCUCAUCAGAUGCUAAGGCCCCUAGUCCAUUAGGGGAACCAGCCCCCCCCAGCUUCAUACAAGACGUCUUGGAUGCCUUAAAUAUGGUCCCAGCUGCCAUUAUCAGCCCCUCUCUCAGCGGCAUGUACUCUCUCUCCUUCGUCCUGAAUAACCCACAAAAUGUCGCUGCAUAUGUGCCAGUUGCCCCUAUCUGUACAGACAAGUUUAAAGCGGAGGAUUACAGACGAGCUCAGUUUCCUGCCUUGAUAGUUUACGGUGAUGGUGAUGAACAGCUAGGAGAAGUCUCGCUGAACAACCUGAAGAACCUGCCCAAUAGUCAAGUGUUCUGCAUGAAGGGGGCAGGACACGCCUGUUACCUGGAUGAUCCGGACACCUGGCACCAAAAGCUCCUGGAGUUUCUGGGCCGCCUGAAAUAAUCUGACAGCCAGACUCUCCACAGUUAUACUCACCCCAUUAUGUAGGGAAGUCGAUCAGAUUGGUCAUUGAACUGAUUCCAAUUGCACCAGUCAAUACAAGGGGCCAAUAAAGAGCAAAAUAAAGAGAUUUG